AUGCGUAUGUUAGGUGGAGAUGUGAGACAGAUCACUUGGAAUCAGUUUAAAGACUGCUUCUAUACCAAGUUUUUCUCGACUAACCUUAGAGACGCCAAAAGCCAGGAAUUCUUGGAAUUGAAGCAAGGACACAUGACAGUUGAGGAGUAUGACCAGGAGUUUGAUAUGCUGUCGCGCUUUGCCCCUGAACUUGUUGGUAAUGAGCAGGCUAGAGCUGAGAGGUUUGUCAAAGGAUUGAGAGAUGAGAUUAGAGGCUUUGUGCGAGCACUAAAGCCCACUACCCAAGCUGAAGCGCUGCGUCUGGCAGUGGAUAUGAGUAUUGGGAAGGACGAAAUUCAGGCAAGGAGUUCUGAUAAGGGAACGUCGUCUGGUCAGAAGAGGAAAGCAGAGCAGAGAAUUGUGGGAGUUCCUCAGAGGAACUUGAGAUCAGGCGAUCCUUUUCGUAGUUUCCAGCAGAGUUCUGGUGGGGCAGAAGACACUACUAGAGAGAAGCCACUAUGCAAUACGUGUGGGAAACGCCACCUGGGUCGUUGUUUGAUGGGAAUGAGAGUCUGUUAUAAGUGCAAGCAAGAGGGACACAUGGCUGAUCGAUGUCGCUUGAGAUCUACUGGGGCUGGACAGAGCAGUCAGGGAGCGGGACCUCCACAGCGGGGUACAAUCUUUGCCACUAGUAGAUCAGAAGCAGAGAAGGCCGGCACAGUGGUGACAGGAAAUGCGUUGUGAAGAAAUUUCUUUUCCAAUCCAUGUGGAUGACAAAAACAUAGGUUGAGCUUGCAGUCACAGUCCCAUGGAUCAGAACAAUCAAUACGACUAUUGCAUGGAAUGUUUACGACAUUUCUGGCAUUUGCCACGAACAUUUCUGAAAUAUUUCAAUUGUUAAUUGGCAUACAAUAAGAUAACAAUAAUUGCGUAAAGAAAAAAAAAGAUAUUUUCUAUAAACAAUUGAAAUAGAUUUAGAUACCUGAGAUAAUGAAGAACAUUAAGAGCAAGAGAGCUAACUUUGUUGAGGACUUCACCAUAUCAAAUAUCUAUUGGGUUAGUAUUAUAUGACCUGGAAGAUUUGUAUUUGUGUGUGCUUUCAAAUGAAUGAUAUAUCAUAAUUUAUAGUAAAA